AAGUGUAAACACCCAACCUCUCUAUUGAAACCGCAAACCACCCAAGCACGAAUUUAUAAUUCAUUUGCUAAUGGAUUUAUCAGGUAAAAUGACCCGGUCAUACAGGGUUGAACUUCGUGCCUUUCAGGAUAAAACCGUUUUUCAGAAAAAAUGACAACUCAUACCCUGACAACAGCUUGGCAGAACCAAAGGUCAUUUGAAGAGACCAACUUGCAGAUGCUGCAAAAUGAGGUACUUUGUGACGUCACAUUUCUGGUGGGAAGCAACAAACAAGAAAUUAAAGCGCACAAAUUCCUCCUGGCUAGCCGAAGUCAAAUGUUUUAUUCUAUGUUCUGUAGUUCUCCGGCUGAAACACACGAUGCAAUUCAAGUUCCUGAUAUUGAACAUGAAGUUAUGAAAACAAUAUUGAGGUAUAUCUACACAGAGGACUGCGAAAUUAACACAGAUUCGGUGAUGGCCAUUUUACUUGGAGCGAAGAAAUAUAAGUUAAGUCGACUUGAAGAAAAAUGUAGAACUUUUCUGACUAACAGACUAACAGCAGACAAUGUGUGUACAAUUUUGAAGAAUGUUCAUGAUUUAGAAGAAAAGGAGCUGGAACAAAAGUGUUUGUCGUUCAUAAUGGAACGAGGAGAUGACGCUCUAAAUGCUGAUGGGUUAACAGCUCUUCCAAAAACUGCCAUUCGGAAAAUAAUCACAUCAGACAAUCUCCAAGCCGAGGAGAGUACUGUGUAUGGAGCUUGUAAAAGAUGGGCUGUUGAAAAGUGUAGACAGGAAACAGGAAGUGCUGAUUUUUCAUCUGCCGAUUUACGAAACCAGUUAGGAGAUUUGUUACAUUUGAUAAGAUUUCCUUUAAUGACGUUUGAAACAUUUGCUUCGAGUGCAUCUAAAGACGACAUUUUAACUGCUGACGAAAAAGUAAGCAUUUUCAACUGUAUUGCAAACAAGUCUACAUCAUCAGAUUGUAAAUUUUCUAUGAAGAAAAGAACUGGAAUAUUCAAAAUUCCAGCAGUUAAAGAAGAGCGCUUGAUUAUUAAAAGGUUUCUAAAUGCUCCAAGUAGAGAAUGGAUGUAUAACGGACUACCAGACUCGAUCAGUUUCAAGGUUUCGGUAAAAGCAAAGUUUCUAGGUGUCAGUCUAUUUUCACCGAUAAAUGCGGGUAAGAUAAAAGGCAUAUUGAAACUUCAACAGGGUACGACAGAUAUUUUAUACGAAAAAAAUAUUGAAAUAAAUUACAGCCCGACAAAAAUAAGUGAAGAGGUGAUACUUGAUAAUAAUGUUGACAUUGUGCCAGGACAGUUGUACACGCUUUACACUAAGCUUACAGGGGGCUAUACGUAUUAUGGUACAGGUGGGCAAACGACUGUAUCGGCAGGAAAUAUUGAUGUCUCUUUCGCUGGGAAUGAUUUCAGUCUAAAUGGCACUGACUCUACUGAGGGACAGUUCAAUUAUAUUAUUUUAAAAACGGUUUCCAAGGACAGAUAACAAGAUACAUCGUGUUAUCUUUAUUCACAGUUAAAACAUUCUUAUUUUUGUCAGAUUGCAUUAUAUGCCUUUUAGGAUGACACCUGUCAUCUAAUGUUCUGUAUGUAAAUUUAUUACCUUAAUCUCUGCGUCAGUAUAUGAAUAGAAAGAAUAAAUAAAUUGUAUUGACA